GGAAGUGCGGUCCGCUGGACAUCCAGCUGAAAGCAUUUUGUGCGAUGGGCAGCUGGAAGAGCACGAUUGACCCCGUCAAUAGUGGAUGUUGUAAAUCACACACUCCGCGCCCAUCUCAAAAAGGGAUAUUUUGACUUAUUACACCUUUUAAUAACAGUGUUCAUUUCAUUCAUCAGGUGUGAAAAAUUUCAAACUGCUUAAAUAUUUUAUGUGUUGAAGACUUGUAAAAUUUUUUUAUUGGAUCUGUCAAUCGAUUGACCUUACCACUCAGGAUUAUCUUUUCCGUGUUCGUUGAGGAUUGCUGUGGGCAGCGAUUGGUGAUCUAUUAAGAUGAGCAAAUGUGUUGCUUGGUAUUAGAAGGCAUCUAACAAUUCCUGGUAACCAGAGGAAAAUGGAACUUUCAAAAAUGGGAUUGCAAGGACUCAUUAUUUUGUUGUUUUAUUUCUCAGUCAUCGUUGAGUCAAAAGAAGCAUGUGAAAAGAAGUUAAAUAACUGUACGAGCAUGAUGCAACCAAUACUGAAUGAGGUGCGGUACAUGUUUCCGACUACGCAAUUAGAAAUAGAGGGAAUGUGCCAAGUCUGGAGUCACAUCAUGGACUGUAUUCGUAAAUAUGUAAUAGAUUGUUCCUCAGAAGAGCAGAGAACGAAAUUCAAUGAAGCAGUGAGCAACUCUAUUGAUUCUGUACAUGCUAUAUGUAGUUCUGAGAGAUACAGAAGAGAUUACUUGGAAUAUGCGACUUGCUACAGAAAAGUAUCAAUGGACAGCUGUGGAAAUCAUUUUAAGAAAAUGGUUGAUAGCGCUUAUAACCCUCAUUCUUCUGAAGUACAGAUAUGUUGUGCAUACAGACAAUAUGAAAAAUGUGUAUCGGAUCCAAUUCAAAGGAUGUGCGGACCACAAGCGUUGCAUAUCUUAGAUGAUUCUAUGUCAUCCUUAAAAUCAAGAUGUGAUGCUGUUUCUCAGUCCUUGAAGUCAAAAGACAAAAUUUGUCAAAUGGAGACACCCGUUCAAGACACUCAAGAAUAUCAAGCAAGACCGGCUUUAAGGCACAUCGAUCAAUCUUUUGGUCCUCUGUCCACUUCAGCUUUCCUCCUGAACAGCCGAGCAGUAUCCUACACGACACCAGCUUGGACACCACGGACAGUAAUAUAUCCGCUCCCAGUAACAAGGCACAGCAGUCGCAUAUCGAGAAGUAACGGAUUGAAUUUGGAAUCUUCCAUUUGUUUUACUUUAGUAUGCGUAUUGGCUCAUUUUGCGAUGAUAACGGCUGCCAGAAUUUUGGAUAAAAAUCAAUUGUAAAUUAAAACUUAUUUGUUAUGAUCCUGUGUUUCAAAGAGAAAAAAAUUUGCAAGGAGGAAUUGAUUUUUAAAGUGUUUAGUAUUAUAAGCCAGAGUUUUUAACCCUUUUAAGUCGUGACCCAUACAUCUGAUGUUUACAAUUCUGAUAUGUAAACUACAAUAAAAUGACACAAUUAGUGGGUUGUUAAAGAUGUUUCCAAAAGAACAAGACUAAGUUGAUAACUAGAUGAGAGGAAUAUAAAUAAGUAAAAAUGAAAACUUUUUAACUUUCGCAACUACAAUAAACGGUCUAGAAAAUUGCA